AGGAGAGAGCGGAGCGUCGCGGAUGAAUAUUUUUACCAGAGAAUUGUUGUACUUAGGCGGGUCCAGUUAGAGUCGAGGCGGGAGCAGACACGGUAAUACGUACCACGCUUCUCUCGGCUACAGUUGGAGGGAAUUUGUGCGUAGUCGUCGCGUGUUUGGUCUGAUCGGUGGAUGCGGCGCUCUUGUUCCUGAAGGGAAGGAUCGGUGGAGGCAGCAAAGAUGCCGCAACCCAAGUCGCGUAAAAUCGCCAUCCUCGGGUACCGCUCCGUGGGAAAAUCUUCAUUGACCAUUCAGUUUGUUGAAGGCCAAUUCGUUGACUCCUAUGACCCAACCAUAGAAAAUACUUUUACUAAAGAAAUUUCUGUGAAUGGACAAGAAUAUCAGCUUCAGUUGGUGGAUACCGCUGGACAAGAUGAGUUUUCCAUAAUUCCCCAAACGUACUCCAUAGAUAUUAAUGGAUAUAUUCUUGUAUAUGCAGUCACAUCAAUUAAAAGCUUUGAAGUGGUUAAAGUUAUCCAUGAGAAGUUGUUGGAUAUGGUGGGAAAAGUUCAGGUACCCAUUAUGUUGGUUGGAAACAAAAAAGACUUGCAUAUGGAAAGGGUGAUAAGCUAUGAAGAAGGAAAGGCGUUGGCUGAGUCUUGGAAUGCUGCUUUUUUGGAAUCCACUGCUAAAGAAAAUCAGACUGCAGUUGAUGUUUUUAAAAGGAUAAUAUUGGAGGCAGAAAAAAUUGAUGGCGGCUCUACACAAGGGAAGUCGUCCUGUUCUGUAAUGUAAUUCCACUACACUAGAAGCGGACACUGGGAAUUUAUUCUACUUGAAUAAGCAAACUGCCUGUUCUACUUCAAAAUGUUUUUUUUUCUUUUUUGUUAACUAUUUUCAUGCCAGAGGAGUCAGUACCUGUACUUGCCUCCUCCUCUGGCAUGCAAACGUUUAACAAUGGUAAGGAAUGGAUGGUCACAGCCUUUUUUUUUUUGUUUUUUUUUUUUUAAUGGUUUUUCUUCAGUCAUAAUCUGACUAGUGCAGAUGAUUUCACUGCCAUCUUUAAAUUGUCUCAAUCACAAACAUCUUCAAUUUGUAUAUCCUAUUUCCUAAUAUUAUGGCCAAGACUUUUCCUGGCAUUAAUUUUUGUUGGUUUCUAAUAUUGUAAUCAUACAGAGGAUGCAUAUUGUUACAUUUACUCUUACUUAACCAGGCUUGAAUGUCCGUGUUUCUUUCAUUGUUCAAUGUAAACUUGUAAAUAAAACAGCUGCAGACCCUA